GCAGUCUAGACAUGGCUACACAAUGCAUAAACUACGUGUUGUAGAUGGAACAAAAUGGGACUAUUCUUUUCCUAAGGCAAAAACAUACUGGAAGAAGUUUUGCGACGAUGAAGAAAAAAGGUUGAUUAGAGUAAGAGAUUCAUUUCCAAAAUCGUCCUAUCUUCCUAUUAUUCCUACUUUGAACGAUUCAGAAACAGAUCUUUGUAAUAUCGUAGAUUUUAACGCUCCUUCCCAACGCUUCGAUGAGAACGUACUUCUCGUAGAUCCGAAAUCCUUUAAAGCCACAGAUAUUUCUCCAAAAAUAGACGAUAAGAAUACUCGUCCUAACAUAGAACCGAUAGUUAAAAUUUCCCCUCCCACGCCAUUAAAAAAGAGAUUAAAACACGAUGCGGUUACGAUCACCAAGACAAACACAGAGGAACAUAUUAUUAUAAAAAAUAAGCGUACGAUAAAAGAAGAAGAUUCAUAUGAAGAAUCAGAGGCCCUAGAUGUUUCUUCAAAAAAUUCUAUCACGCCAUAUGACGGAUCGGGAGACGGAAAAGUGUAUUCAAAAAAAACGUGUCCGCAUCACAAACACGAACCUGCCAUAAAAAUUUUCGACGAUGAUAUCGAGAAAUAUUUGAGAGACGAUCCGAGGGCUAGCAUGUCAUCGGAUCAGAAAUUGAUUAAAUUGCCGCUAUUGCAGAAUGCUUCUGAUAAAUAUGAUAAAAUCAAAGCAAAAAAUCAAGAAAAGACAAAGAAAUCAGAAAAGAUAUGA